AGGGCUCGCCCAGGCCCCAGGUCCGGCUCCCCCUUCUUCCCACCAGCUGAGAUGGGGGGAUCUACUUUGGCGGCGUUCAGACCACAGGGCAGAACAGGCCCUUUUGCCCGGGCUUUACGGGGGCGGCCGCGGAUGGACGGUCCUCGCUACAAUGAGGGCUUUGGGGUCUUUGACGGCUUUAGACGCGGACGCGGCUUUUUCUUAACGUGUGCAGCUUCCUGCCCUGAGGACUGUAGAUGCUGCUGAUGGGCGGGAUGUCGGUGGCUUGCAGACGGGCUUCUCUGCGCCCCGCCUGGCUGGUGGCCAGGCGGCGGGGCCAGCAUGCCGGGAGCUGGCGAGCCACCCAUCCUCUGGCCGCCCUUUCUCCUGUAGUCCGUUCCGUCGGCGACCUCGGUUGCGGACCCCGCGGGACUUGGAAGGGCCGGCGGCGCUCCUCUCCGGGAGGAGGCGUCUCUAGAAAGCCCGCGAGGAGGGCGGGGCUGCGCAGGGGCGGGCCGACCCUAACCCUAGGGAACGAGUCGCUGGCCGGGCCGACUCUCUUUUAGCGGGCUAGCUCUUAAGUUCUCUGGGUUACCGGGAGGCAGGCACUCGGCCCCGCAGCCUCUGCGAUAGGCCCUCGAGCGACAGGUCCUCGGGCCGGGCGAGGCCGCCCCCUACCGAGCCCGGGGGAGGCGGAUUCCCCGACGGAGGCGGCGGCGGCGGCUCUUGACUGCCGGGUCUCGUGCGCGUUCUUUCUCUUGCCGCUUGUCAUGGUGACCGUCCGGGGCGCUCCCACCUCACCCACAGACUGGACGGGGCCUGGGGUGACCCCUGCGGCCGUCGCCUCCUGCUCCUCCUCCUCGCCAGAGGCGGCUUCUCUCCCGCAGGACCCCGCGGCCCCCUUGCCGCCGCCCCUGCCGCCCGCCGCCGGCUUAAGCCCCGGAGGGCCGCCGGUCUCGCUGGGCGCGGAGGGCUCCUCCGGGCAGCGGCGCCCCGCCAAGCUGCGGAACUUCAACUGGGAGGCCAUCCCAGCGGAGCGCGUGCGUGGGCGCCCCAACCUCUGGACGGGGCGGCGCCGCGCCUUCCACCUGGACGUCGCGCUCCUGCAGGAGCUUUUCGCGCAGCGCCCGGAGCCGCCGGGGGGCAGCCUGCGCGGGCAGCAGCCGGCGGAGCAGGUCUCCCUUUUGGACCCCAAGAAGAUUCUGAACCUGGGGAUCUUCCUUAAGCAGUUCAAGAGGCCGGUCCAAGAGAUUGUGGCUGAUAUCCGAGGUGGAGCAGGAACCCUUUAUGGCGCUGAGAAGCUGCAGGAGCUGACCAAGAUGCUGCCUGAUGUGGAGGAGGUCAAAAAGCUGGCAACGUUCCAGGAUGGCCAGAGCCGGCUCUCUGAGGCGGAAGCCUUCACCUUGCUCCUUGUCCAAGUGCCCAGCUAUGCGCGCCGCCUGGAGCUUCUUGUGCUGCGAGAGGAGUUCUUUCCUCAGCUGAAUUCGCUGCAGUCGGCCAUCCAGAUCCUGACGGAGGCAGCACGAGAGCUGUUGGAGUGUGAGGAGCUGCACGAACUCAUCCGGCUGGUGCUGGAGGCAGGGAACUACAUGAAUGAGGGAGGCUAUGCUGGCUCUGCUGUUGGCUUCCGCAUGCUCUCGCUGCUCAGGCUAGCUGACACCAAAGCGAACAGGCCUGGGAUGGACCUACUGCACUUCAUGGCCCUGGAGGCAGAGAAGAAGGACCCAACUCUGUUGCGCUUUCCCAGCAAACUCCCGCACGUUGGCCCUGCGUCACGGAUCAUUGAUCAGGAGGUGAUGGUGGAGCUGGAGAGCUUGGAGCAGCGUCUGUCGGGGGCUCAAGGAGAGCUGGAGCCCCUGGGCUUGGAGGCCCAGAUGGGGUCCUUCCUUCAAGUGGCAGCUGCAGAACUAGGCGCCGUGAGGACCUCUCAGGAGGAUCUGCACCAGGCACAAGCUACCCUCUGCGACUUCCUCUGUGAGGAUCUGGAGACCUUCAACUUGCCUGAGUGCUGUGGCAUCUUCCAGGCCUUUGGGGAGCGUUUCCUUGCUGCUGUUCAGGACAACCAGGCCCGAGAGGCAGCCAUUUGCCGGCAGCAGCUCCAGGAGCGCGAGCAGCGGGAAAAGCAGAAGCGGCGCUCCAUCACCACGUGCUCUGCGCAGGACCCCGGCUUGCAGGACAUUGAGCUGGACCUGCUUUUCCGCCACCCUCCUCGCUCGGGAAGACGCAGCAGCCGGUCCCUGCGAGGACCCCGGGGCCCUGCCCUGGAUAGCCCCCAGGCCAGAGAGAGACCCUUGCCCCUCAGCCGGCGCCACACUCUUGCCACGCUGUCCCCUUGCCCGGAGCCCCCUGUCCCCAUAGAGCCUGAAGCUGCCACCCCCCCUAGCUGUGGCAAGAGGACAGGGGGGCUCUUCGGGCAGGGUCUCAAAGCCUUCCUUGUGACUCCACCUGCUGCUUCCUCCAAGGGCCCGGUGUCGCCAGAGGGCCCCAGUGGCUUCCGCUUCCCCACCCUCUUCCAGAAGAAGGUCCUUCCCGGAGGGCCAGUGUCCCCCACUUUCCCCCAGCCUUCCCCAAAGAACGUCUCGGCCCUUGUGGGUUUCUUCCGCCGCCUGAGCAUGGGGGAAAAGCCGGGGCAGGGGGCCCACUCCUGAGUCCCUCUGGGGUGAGCCAGACCAGAAGCAGAGCUGCUGCCGGACUCCCCCUCCUCCCCCUGCAUUGCAGCCAGGGAGGGGGGAAUCAUAGCUUCCCAUUCCCACCUCUUCUCUCUUCCCCCACUUCGUUCUCCUGUGGCUGAUCUGAGGGGGGGGGGCUUGUGGGUUUGUUUCUGCCCAUCUAGCUGUGAGUAUGUGAUCCCUCCCCCUCCAGCCUCGCUGGGUUUUUUUGCAGGGUUUUUAAAAAAAUGAUCUGGUCUGCCUCCACUAAAACUCGGCACUGACUUAGCAGAAUUGGCGCCCUUUCCUCACACUUCCACCCCCCCAUCCCAACCCUACCCUUGUGGGAGCAGCACCCCCCAAUGUGUGUUAUGUUACCAACUGAGCUGCUCUCAGCAAUUUUAAAAUGCACACAAAACAAGUGCACUUCACUUCUUUUUCCUACCCCUGACUUCUUAAAUAAAAAAGCUGUUGUUUGUGGACUCUCAAUAAA